GUAUAUUAAUACUUGCACUUAAUUAUCAUAUUCAAAAAAAAAAAAAAAAGAGAAAAAAGCAUGGCCCAAGCUCAUCAUUAUUGGAGAAGAUCAGGCCAUUCAGCUGGUGACCACCACAUUUUGGAUGCAGAAUAUCUAAAACAAAUUGAGGCUGCACGUAAAGAUCUUCAUCAUCUUCUGCAAAUUAACAAGCCAUUUGCACCCAUUUUGCUUCGCUUAGCAUUCCAUGAUGCAGGUACUUAUGACGCCAAAAGAAAGACAGGAGGUCCUAAUGGAUCGAUUAGAAAUGAAUUGAACAACCCUCCCAACAAUGGUAUCAAAGUGGGGAUCGACUUUUGCGAGCAAGUGAAAGCAAAGCAUCCCAGGGUUACUUAUGCUGACCUUUAUCAGCUAGCUGGAGUAGUUGCUGUUGAAGUUACUGGAGGUCCUAUCAUCCACUUUGUUCCAGGUCGACAGGAUGCCCUUAAUCAACGAGAUAGAGGAGCCCUUCCAAACCCUAAUGAAGGUACCAGGCAUCUUAGAGAUAUAUUUUACCGAAUGGGCUUGAAUGAUAGGGAUAUUGUAGUUCUAUCUGGAGCUCACACUCUGGGGCGAGCACACAAGGAUAAAUCAGGUUUUGAUGGUCCUUUCACUCAUGAUCCUCUGAAAUUCGACAACUCUUAUUUUGUAGAGCUAAGGAAAGGAGACACCCCAGGACUGGUGAAAUUUCCCACAGACAAAGCUCUGUUGCAGGACCCUGUGUUUCGUCGUUAUGUUCAAAUCUAUGCUCAGGAUGAAAAGGCAUUCUUCGCUCAUUAUGCAGAAUCACACAAGAAGAUGUCAGAGCUUGGGUUUCACCCACCACCCUGUUCUAUUCAUCAUUAAAGAUCAAUCAGAUGAUGCAUGCAUGAGAAAUUCAAGAUGGUUUAAUUUGGAUUGAAAACAUGAAUAAUUGUAGUAAUUAUACUCUCUUUAUAGUUCAAAGUAUAGUGUGCCAAUAAUAAGCAAUUUACGCUUGAGUUCCGCAAUGGAUAGGUGUAAUCAUCACCUUCUUGCAUGCCUGUUUCUAUUUUGAUUUGAGACCUAUAAUAAUUUGUAUUUGGAUAUGCUAUCCAAGGAUUCAGAAUUCUUCAGAUUUGGAUUAUAAAGUGUUAUAUUAAAAUAAAUCAUCAAAUCAUGUGCGCUUCUUAUUUAUAUGAAGUUGCAGAUGAUGUUUGCUAUCAAGAGUCAAUCGUAAACGACCUCUUUGUUAUUACUAAUAAAGGUAAGGUUGUUGAGCAUUUAGAGUAUAU